AUGUUUCUUAACGCUCAAUUUCACAUUUCGACUCGCUACCCCUCCCUCUUCUGCUUCUACGUAGAGAGUCUGUGCUUCUCAUGGAUCAUGGAAGGCCAACGUCAUGGCUAUUACAGUCCGGCCGACAGUGGGGGGUAUAUGCUGACGGUUGUACGUCAGACGUACCCAGACGGCCAACGGGAGCCGGUGAAUGCUAUUAUGUCGGGAAAUUCCGACCAAGUUGUUCUCGCACAGCAAUGCAUGGACGGAGGAGGUCUAAUGAACUAUUUUCUGUCUUUAUCAUUUUCUGGGGAAUGCUUAGGUCAACAUACCGGUAACUCGCAGCAAGUUGAUUUGGGGGACGGCAAUGGUUCCGUACGAAAUGAAACAGCCGUGAUGCGGUAUAAUUAUGGCGAUCCUACCUUUGGGUCUUGCACAGAGUCAAAUGGUAGUGGGGCCGACAGCGGUGCCGUUUUCUUGGCUAUAUCUUAUGAAACGUCCUCAAGCGACAAGCACGAUAUCAUUGAAAACGGGUAUAACCUCGGCCGCGACUAUGUUGUCGGCAACAUCACCAGCUCCGAAAUACCUACACUGUCCUUGACUGGUUCUACGACAUUUUCUGGGUCAUCGUCCUCUCAGGGCUAUACAUACAAGACCGAUAUCAUAUAUGUUACGGGACUCCUACCAAACACAAGCACCGGUAUCAACCAUAACCAAUCUGUGUCCAACGACGGCGCGGUGAACGCCGUGGAUGGUCUCGUCGCAGUUUUCAAUGUUUCUAUUACAGGGAGACCUAGCAGUGCUAGUAACGAAGGCUCUGGUUUGAGGUACGCUCUUUCUCCUUUGCAAGAUGAAGGCACCAGAACUCAAUAUCUUCUACGUAAGAUUAUACUCUGGGCAUUGACAUUAUAG